AUGCCAUCUUGCUCACAAGACACAUCAAAUUCGGCAUCCACAUGCAAUAGUGGCACAGCUAAAAGGACGCUGAGGUCAAUAAAACCUCCACAAGCCACACUACCAAAAUUUUACGGAAAUUCUGACGACUUCCCAGAAUACUGGGCCAUUUUUGAAGCCCUUGUCCAUAACAGUGAAGAACUGGACAUUAUGGAAAGGAUACUCCUACUCAAAGAAAGUUCAAGGAGAAGAGCGCAAACAGCCAUCAAAGGGAUAAAACUCAUUCUUGAAAACUACAAACAACUCGGUCUACCCAAGAACACGACCGAAAUCUGCACCAUGUCCGGAAUUGGCGAGCAUAUCGAGUGCUUCGAAAGUCAUAAGACCAAACCAGUCAUAACGAACGGAUUUCCUUCAGUGAAAUUGAACACAGAAGAUAUUGAGUUCUUGAAAACAAACACUAUCUGUCUAGCAAAUUCAAAGCUUCACGGUGAACAUCAAAAUCCACACAUUCUCGUUGGACUGGACUACUACCACGAUUUAGUUACGGAUCCAGCAAACGGAAUCCGAACACCAUCUGGCUUUCAUAUAACAAAAACGGUUUUUGGACCCACAAUUUAUGGUCAAGGAAUCAACAAAGUAAGUGAAACCGCUAACACAGUAUGUCACAGCCUGACAGGAAUUUCCGAAAACACGGAACAAGAACUCUUACUGAAAGUGUUUGAGUUGGAUGGCUUCGGUAUUAUGCCGGAAGAAAUCCAGAGAGACGAAAAAGUUCGAAGAUAUCUCGAGAAAUACUCGAAAUUAAUCUCAUUUGAAAACAACAUCAUCACAGCUCCCUUUCCACUGAAAGAGAAUGUAAUCAAGUUGGAAAAUAACUAG